AUAACUGACUCAGCUGGGCACAUCCUGUAUGCCAAGGAGGAUGCCACUAAGGGCAAGUUUGCCUUCACCACUGAAGACUAUGAUAUGUUUGAGGCCUGCUUUGAGAGCAAGCUUCCUGUGGGAACAGGGAGGAUGCCGGACCAGCUCGUGAUUCUGGAUAUGAAGCAUGGAGUUGAAGCAAAGAACUACGAGGAGAUUGCAAAAGUGGAGAAGUUGAAGCCUCUGGAAGUAGAAUUGAGGCGCCUCGAAGAUCUCUCAGAGUCCAUCGUUAAUGACUUUGCUUAUAUGAAGAAACGAGAAGAGGAGAUGAGGGACACGAAUGAGUCGACAAACACCCGGGUUCUGUACUUCAGCAUUUUCUCCAUGUGCUGUCUCAUCGGACUGGCCACCUGGCAGGUUUUCUACCUGCGUCGCUUCUUCAAGGCCAAGAAACUGAUUGAGUAAAGGAGCAAGUCCUCCUCCCCCUCCUCUCAGACCCAGCUGGACACCGCUGGGACCCAGCCAUGGCCCACUGGAGCCAUCUCACAGAUGAUACCCAUUGACUGGAGCUUUUCUGCAGAUACUUGGACCCUAUAUGGGGAGGGGAGCCUAAACAUCGGAGGCAGCAGGGGACUUGUGAAAUCCUGUUGGAUGUUGAAGGUGGGGGAGGUUCUGAUGGGUUUGGGGAUUCCUGGGGCAGAGAUAAAAUAAAAAAAAGAUGUUUCCAUGACAGCUGCAGCAAGUUUUUGCGCUGUCUGUUCUCCUUUUAUAAUCCUGGCUUGAUGAUGUCUCCCGUCUGUCUGUGACUGUAGUGUUACUCUGAGCCACUUGACCCUGCUGAGCAUUUUAGGUGCCAUGCAGCUAGCACUAGGGCAGAGCAAGGGAUUCCCUGUUCUGACCAGCUGGGAUCUAAGCCUCGUGCAAACGGAGGCGAUUGUAAAGCAACAGGAUUCAUCAUUCUAGCAGGGCCUGAGGAUAGAGGGAGGUCCAAGGUUUGGUCCCUGUCGUGGACCUCUGUGUUUCUCCCUGUGGGAGCUGGUGUCUUUGUGCUGACAGGUCAGGGCACUUGCACAUAAGUCAGUUCAGCCUGGAGGAAGGGGAGCCUUGGAAGAAGGACUUGGGAACGUGCUUGAGCUUGGAAAGGAGAAGCCUUCUUUGCUCAGAUAAGCUGUCCAGCCUUGGUCCUACCCUUGCUCCACGUGUUUGUCUUGGAUUUGCCUCUCUUGUUCUGAAAUGAUGCAGCAGUUUUCCUGAAAGGCUUGGUCAGGGAUGGUCUUUUGUGCAGACAGGAGGCCUCAGUCAGAUACAGUCACAGAGCAAAUAGGAGCACGUUAUGCUUGGAAACUUGGUCUUACAUUGAGCAGGAGACUUUUCUCAUCUAACAGCGUAGCGUUUAGCCAGCAGGCAGCUGGCUGAAUCUCAUUUUCUGAGAUCUCAAAGCAAGGUGGGCUGCUGCUCCUGUGCAGCAUGAGGGCCUGUGCCCUGCUUUUGAGGUCUGAGGGUGCAAGGGGUGCUUUGCAGGUUGGCAGAGGAAUUGCUGGAAGAAUGUGGAUGAACUCAAAAAAGCAGUAAAGAGUAGGAACACGGUAAUACUACGCCUGGGGGUGGGGGAGUCUGAACUGUGCCCUCAACAGAAUUGUUAUUCUGUAUGGUCCUACAGAGAGAGCAAGCCGCUUCUCGUUUCUCAGCCAUCCAGAUGGCAUGAUGUGAAAUAAGCCAGGCUGGGAAAAAACAGGCAAGUUAACUUCCUGGACUUACCUGCAGUAAGUCUUUAGGCAGUGAUUAAAAUUCUUUCACCUUUUCAGCAUUCCUUCAGAGCAAAUGGU